GUCCGCCUGUCCCCUUCAAACGCAAAUAAAACCUCUUCUCUCUCUCUCUCCUCAAGACCACAACUUCUCACACUUCUUUCUCUCUUUCUUUCUCUCUACACUCACACAUUUUCCUCACUAUACUCUCCCUAUCCCACCCCUUAAUCUCCCUUUAACGCCAACUUUGAACCCAAAAAACGAAAAGGAAAAAAAAAAAAACGAGAAACGGGAAAAACUACUAAAAAUUAUGGAAGCGCCAGAAUUCUAUCAAGGAAGCAGCUACUGUUCUCAAUUCGCGCCCGAAAAACCCGCGGCCGGUGACCAUUUCAUUGUGGAGGACUUACUCGAUUUUUCCAACGAGGAUGCCGUUAUAACGGAUGGCACAUUCGACUCCUCCGUUGCUGGCGGGCACUCGACGGAUUCCUCCACCGUUACGGCCGUCGACAGCUGCAAUUCGUCGUCGUUAUCUGGUUGCGAACCGAAUUUCGCGGGUGAUAUGGGUUGCCGAGGUUUUACUGACGGUCAGUUCGCGGGUGACCUUUGCGUGCCGUACGACGAUUUAGCUGAGCUCGAAUGGCUGUCGAAUUUCGUGGAGGAAUCAUUUUCAAGCGAGGACCUGCAAAAGCUCCAGCUGAUAUCCGGAAUGAAAACCCGACCGGACGAAUCAUCACAGAGCGGAGGUUUCCAACCCGUUCUCACGAACCAAAUGCACCACGUCAUUGAAAACGGCGACACGGAACACGGUAACAAUAACAACAACCCAAGUUUCCAUCCGGACAUGUCGGUGCCCGCCAAGGCACGAAGCAAACGAUCCCGGGCUGCCCCAUUGAAUUGGGCCUCCCGCCUCCUCGUUCUCAGCCCAACAACUUCAUCUUCCGAGCCCGACAUUGUGGUCCCCGUCCAACCCCCUCCCCCGAACCACCCCGGUAAAAAGCCCGUCAAGACGAAGAAAAAAGAUGGUGGAGAAGGCGGUGGCCUCGCCAAUUCUGAUGGACGGAAGUGCCUGCAUUGCGCUACGGAUAAGACGCCACAGUGGCGGACUGGCCCCAUGGGCCCAAAAACAUUAUGCAAUGCUUGUGGAGUGAGGUAUAAAUCGGGCCGCCUUGUGCCCGAGUACCGACCCGCUGCAAGCCCGACGUUUGUUCUGACUAAGCAUUCGAACUCUCACCGUAAGGUGCUCGAGCUUAGGCGUCAGAAGGAAAUGCUCAGGGCCCAACAUCAACAUCAGCAACAAUUCAUGCAGCACCAUCAUCAUCAGAACAUGGUUUUUGAUGUACCCAACGGUGAUGAUUACUUGAUCCACCAACAUGUGGGCCCUGAUUUCAGGCAGCUGAUCUAGUGGGUGCUAGUGUAGGGAACUUUUUACUAAGGUCGAGUUCUUCAAAAUUUUUUUCCCAGAGUUAAUUUAGUCCAGUUCUCCUUUUUUCCUUACAUUCUUAGGGGUAAUUUUUGCCUAACUUUUUUUUUUGAGAAUUUUCGUAGACUAUUUAAUGUUCUUGAGACCCAAUAUUCGUAAUUCAGGUAAAUUAGUAUUUUUUUUUUCA